AUGCGUGCGGAGGACCACAAUACUUCUCUCUUUGGCCCAGCACAGCCUGGUGACAACGGAGACGCGGGCUCGGAUUCGGGCGGCCAGGACAACAAGCCCCUGGGGAAGAUGCCGGUAUCCUCGUCUGCGAAGCUUGCCAACGAAAAUAUCGCACCGUUCCUAGCCAGACAUAUUCCUAACCAGUACGCGCCCCUCGGAUCGGCUUCGGACAACCCCAUGGAGGGUGGCAGCGCCAAUUCCAGAUACUGCUACCGCCACCGACCCGAUCUGAAGUGCAGACGACAAGCGGACGAGCCAUCGAUGGACCAGCUCCAACGGGAGCUGGAAACACUGUCACAAGGCGAUCAGCAGGGAAUCGCCCAUGUGUGGUCGCUCUUCUCGGCCGCUCCAGCCAAACAUCGAAAUCUGAUGCUCCGUGGCAUUCUCGCGCAGUGCUGCUUCCCUCAACUCUCCUUCAUCUCCGCUACCGUGCGCGACCUGAUAAGGAUCGAUUUUAUCACAGCCCUGCCGCCGGAGAUUUCAUUCAAGAUUCUCUGCUACCUGGACACCCCGUCACUCUGCAAGGCCGCGCAGGUCUCUCACCGUUGGAGAACCUUGGCGGAUGACGAUGUGGUGUGGCACCGCAUGUGUGAACAACAUAUCCACCGCAAGUGCAAGAAGUGCGGAUGGGGCUUGCCAUUGCUCGAGAGAAAGCGACUUCGCGCGUCGAAGCGCCAGAUCGAAUUACGCGCCAGCCAGUGGGGUAACGAUGCGUCCACCGAUGCGCUUCCUGCGAUUGAAGCAGGCCCGUCUGGAGAGCAGGUGGAAACAGAAGCCUCCAAGACCAGUGACCUGAGCUUGGCGACGAAAAGGAAGUUGGAUAACGAUGAUAACGAUGACAUUGCAAAACGCCAGCGGUUGUCCUCAUCGCCGGAACAGAGAGAUGACGACUAUUACAAGACUCGAUACAGGCCAUGGAAGGAAGUGUAUAAGGAUCGGUUCAAGGUCGGAACGAAUUGGAAAUACGGACGGUGUUCCGUCAAGGUGUUUAAGGGUCAUACUAAUGGUGUCAUGUGCCUACAAUUUGAGGACAACAUCUUGGCCACUGGUUCCUAUGAUGCGACUAUCAAGAUCUGGGAUACAGACACGGGAGAGGAGCUCCGCACUCUGAGGGGCCAUACCUCCGGAAUCCGUUGUCUUCAAUUCGACGACACGAAACUCAUCAGUGGCAGUAUCGAUCGGACCAUCAAGGUUUGGAACUGGCGCACAGGCGACUGUAUUUCCACCUAUACCGGCCACCGUGGUGGGGUGAUUGGGUUGCACUUCGAUGCGACGAUCCUUGCAUCUGCUUCGAUGGACAAAACGGUGAAGAUCUGGAACUUUGAGGAUAAGUCUACAUGCUUGCUCCGUGGACACACAGACUGGGUGAACGCUGUCCGAGUUGAUACUGCGUCCCGUACAGUCUUUUCGGCUUCAGAUGACUGCACUGUCAGGCUAUGGGAUCUAGACUCCAAGAGCUGUAUUCGGGUCUUCGAGGGCCAUGUCGGGCAAGUUCAACAAGUUGUUCCGUUGCCCCGUGAGUUCGAGUUUGAGGAGCAUGAUGCGGAGUGCGAGAAUGAUAACAACAGCACUACCUCUGGCGACACUGAAGAGCGACGGGCUAGUUUUGAGCAGCUGACCGAUUCUUCUUUCGGCCCUGAUUUCGACAAUGGCAGGCCAGAGCCACCGCGCUACAUGCUUACCAGUGCGUUGGAUUCCACCAUCCGACUGUGGGAGACAUCAACAGGUCGAUGCCUCCGCACAUUCUUCGGUCAUCUGGAGGGCGUGUGGGCUCUGGCUGCUGACACACUGCGCAUCGUCUCCGGUGCUGAAGACCGCAUGGUCAAGAUCUGGGAUCCUCGCACGGGCAAGUGUGAACGUACCUUUACUGGCCACUCAGGUCCCGUGACCUGUAUUGACCUGGGCGAUAGCCGCUUUGCUACCGGCAGUGAGGACUGCGAGGUACGCAUGUAUAGUUUCCGGAGUUGA